AUCGGAUUUCAUGCCGUGCCAUCGAGCCAUGAGGGAGAUGAGUGCUGCGGAAAUGCAGGUGGUGAUACGCGUGGACGAGGCGGCGGUGAGCUCCUUGUGGAAGAAGUUGGAAGCCACAUCGUUGGAAGACCGGCACGCCGAGCAGGCGACGAUCUUCAGAGUCCCACACAACAUUCGAGCGAUCGAUAGCUCGGCGUACGAGCCAAAGAUCGUCUCCCUCGGCCCCUACCACGCUGACAACGAACGCCUGGGAGCCUGGGACGGCCUCAAAUGGCGCUACUUCAAGAAGUUCCUGAACCGGAACCCCAACAAACACUUGUGUGACUACCUCGAGGAGGUCGAGAUGUUGGCGCCCGCAGCACGCACUGCGUACUCGGAGAGACCGGGCAUGGAUCCCGGCAAAUUCGUGGAGAUGAUGCUGCUCGACUGCUGCUUCGUGGUCGAGUUGUUGCUCGUACAGAUGGAGGAGAAGCAGCAAGCGGAGAUGCGAAUGGGUCCGAAGUGGCCAGAGGCAAGUUCGACGUUCGAACAGGAUCCGAUGAUAAGUGCAUGGCGGUGGGCUCUGCCAUUACUAGCACAUGACGUGAUGAUGCUCGAAAACCAGCUUCCUCUCGUCGUCCUUCGGAGGUUGCUGGAGCUGGCUUCCCCAUGUGCUUCCCUGAAGGAACCCCUGGACUACUUCUUCCGGAAUUUUCCUCUGACCAAUAACAAGCGGAAAAUCACCGACGAAAACAUCAAGAGUUCUCCCCACCUUCUUCAUCUUUUCCACACCUGCAUUGUCCCGACGAAUAGCGGAUCAGAUGGCGGCGGCGAGUCCACCUCCCAUCAGCAGUCUUGGAUCGGCUGUCUUUCCAGCAAGCGCAUGAUCGCAAAGAAGAGUGGAAAGGAUAGCCAGCCCUCACACACCGCGAUGCCGUGCGCCAGAGAGCUCCGGGAGGCCAGGGUAAAGUUCGUGAAGAAGGAGGCCACGAGCUUCCUGGACAUCAGUUUCCGCGGGAACAAGAUGGAGAUACCGCAGGUGAAGGUGGACGACGAGACCAACUCCCUCCUCCGGAACCUCAUCGCGUUGGAGCAGUGCUACCCCCGGGCGGGCAUCCACGUCACCACGUACGCCUGGUUCAUGGACCGCAUCAUCGACACGCCCAUGGACGUGGCGCUACUCCGACAGCACAAGAUCAUCGAGAACGGCCUGGGCAACGACGAAGACGUCGCCAAUGUCUUCAACAAGCUCGGCAAGGAGGUCAUCAUGGACUUGCAGGGGUGCUAUCUCUCGGACCUCGGGCAGGCCGUGACGAAGCACUGCGACAACAAAUGCAACCGCCGUUGGGCGUCGCUGAACCACAACUACUUGACCAGUCCAUGGGCGAUCAUCUCUGUUUUCGCUGCUAUUCUCCUCUUCCUUCUCACCAUAAUCCAGACUGUUUUCUCGGUUCUAAGUUACUUCAAACAGUCCUAAUUAAAAUCCCAAGUAAGAACAUGACAUACAUACAAAUUUGUUGUAAUGAUCUUACCACUAAAAUGUUUGUUCUACAAUAAUGGCGUCAUUUGUUUCGAUUGUUCUGAUCCAUGUAUUUAUUAGUCAUGGAACAAGU